AUGGUUGGGCAAGACGGAGAGAAAAGGUUGAGUGGAGGAAGAAGGUUCGCUGGGUAUGGUGGAGAGAAGGGGCUGAGUGGAGGAGAAAGUGCGGCUGGGUACGGUGAUUGGUGGGUGAAGUGGGUGAGGGAGAAGAUGAAGAUUAGUUUCAAGUACAAAAUGCCACAGAUUGAAUAUUUAAACACUAAGCAUUUCAGGCUCAGUAAUCUUCACAAUUUAAUGAUGCAUUCUCAAGAAUCUGCAAUUCAAUCGCCCAAUACAAUUAUAGAUGCCACACCAGCAUCAAGUGGAGGGAUGAAGUAA